AUGGACUGGGGUCUUACUCUCGCUGCAAUGAAAAGAAAAAGCUGUGUCUUCACCUAUGACGCAGUGGGAUCAUAUGAGAAGGUUGGAUACAGUGCUCAAGGUUCUGGUUCUACUCUCAUUAUGCCUUCCUUGACAAUCAGCUCAAGAGAUACUAUCACACCCUUUUCUGAACCUGAAGCAGUUGACUUGGUUAACACUGUCUUCGCUUCUGCCACUGAGAGGGAUAUCUACAUUGGAGACAAGCUUGAGAUCAUGAUUUUCAAGGCGGAUGACAUCAGGACCGAAGUCAUGGAAUUGAGGAAAGACUAA